AUGGCCAUAGAGGCGGAUCCCUUAGGCAACGACUACAACUUUGGUUACGGGGUGCCAAACGACCAUGCAACGGGAGGAAUGCACUCCUCCGGGUCCGCCAACCCCCUGCCUCGGAGAGAUAGUCCUACCACAGAGUUCAGGCAGCGCGACUGGAUCGUAGUGCAGCACUUUGGAGGCAAGUACCUCACGAUAAUGCUCAUCGAAUGGGUCGAUAACGUGGCCUACCGUGUAGAGCUGAAGACCCGGGUUUAUACCCCGGAUUUUUUAGUGGCUGGGCCACGGAGGAAGCUCAUUAUUCUCGGCUGA